CAGUUGCUUGAGCAGGCGUGAAAGAGAAAGACGGACCAGGGAGUCCCCACCGCCAAAUCCUCACUGAUCUCGAUCAUCCCUGCGGUCAAACCGGAUCUCGAGCUGGCAGUGUUCUCGACGCAAGUCGGCUCAUUGAGUUUCAUCUGCCAUUUUCCAUUGGUUCGCCAUUGAAGGUGAUUCGGGCCUCCACCCCAUCAAAUCGGCACUCCAUUGACUGACUGAGUGAGAGGUAUUGCAUUGGUUUGUGCCCAUCAUGAGUCCUACGGCUGCAUCUACACCCUCACCCACGCCCUCGGGCUCAGGGGAAGAGUCCUGUGGGCUGGUGCCCACCGGCACACUGGUACCCGCAGGCAAAUACACGGUGGUGUCUUGGGAUAUGGAUACUACGGGCCGUCGUCUGAUUGAUGAGAUCUGUCAAAUAGGAGGAUUUUAUCAGGGUCCGGCUCAAGAGGGUGAGGAAGCUCCGGGUUCAUGCUCGACGGUGAGCUUCUCGCAAUAUGUGAUGCCAUAUAAGAAUCUGAAUCCGGGGGCUCGGCGGUCAUCUGGGAUCCGGGUGGUUAAUCUGGGUCGAUAUCGGGUCCUGCAGCAUGUGGAGUCCGGUGACAUUCUCAAGACCAAGUCGGAAGUGUUUGCGCUUCAGGAUUUCAUCCAGUGGUUGACUCAAGCUCAAGCAGCCUGUCAGAGUGAGGGUGUGUUGUUGGUGUGCCACGAACCCGCUCGAAAAGUACUGGUUCCAUUACUCUUGGAGGCCUUGUCCAAGUACAAGCUCACUGAAUCAUUUAAAGCCGUGGUGAAAGGCUUUGCUAAUGGCAGUCACGUCGUCAAGGCCUUUGGUGACAAGGAUAAGAUUACUUCUUAUAGUUUACGCUCGCUCUGUAAAACUGUGCUCAAUGAUACUAAUCCCAAUACUAACUCAGCCUCAGAUCGGUGUCAAGUGCUCUUCCGCAUUCUGAAUCAGGUUGCUUCAAAUCAGUCGAAUGAGCCACUUGCGCGCCACCAAGUGAGUCAAGUGGCUGUGACUGUUGAUUCGGAGGAGGAGGACCUGGUGUUGCUCAAAGCCAAACUGGAUACAUUGGCCAAGCUACGCCCUAUCUUUGAGUCUCAAUUGAAGCAACGACGGAGUUUGAAAGAAAAAGCCAUGACCUUACGGUCCUUGGUCGCUGAUGCGGGCGUGGACAUUGACGAGCUAACCCGAGUUUAUCAUGAACAAAAGGACGAGGCCAAGAGUGUGUUGCAAAACCGCAUCGAAAAGGCCUCCGAGAGUGAUAUUGACAAGCUGGUGGAGCUCAUGAAAUCGCACUUUCAGAUGGCAAAUGGCGAGACGGCCAAGCCAGCCUUUCGCCAACUCAAGCGACCGCCAUUCAAGUCAAACCAUUACUCAGGGCAGGGUCCGCGAAUGCCCAGAGGCGGUGGUAUGGGAGGUCGUGGGGGCUCAACUCAUCCCCGGAAGGAGAGGCCCGUCAAGCGGCAUAAAGUACCCUCCACCCCUGCUCAAAGUGAGGCACAAGCUGGAAUGGCACAAUAAGAUGACCCUCCUUAGACCCCUCCUGACGCCCGUGAAGUCAGGGUUAGAAAAGAAAAGAAAUCAAGUUCUACCUACCCCCUAUCCCCUUCCCUUCCCUCCCCUCCGUAUCAUCAACCUCCUUCAAAAGCUUUGUUCCUUGUUAUGUACUGGGCAAUCCAGUAAGACCAGAAGGACCAGUCUGGUCUCUCCAAUCUUUGUUGUUUUGUAUUUUUCCAAAAUUUAGACAGCCCACCAGGCGUUAAUCACCAAUCCAAUGAAUGAAUGAUUAUCCUGUUCACAAUGGCUCGUUCGAUCAAAUUAUCUCCAUCAUUAGUAAUAAAUGUAUUCUAUAUUGAGAUGUCA